GCUGCGGUUCUAUGCUAUAACGAAUCGCGCGGAUCGCGCCGCGCGUGCCGCGUGCUGCAACUUGCUGCUUGCUAUUGCUCGCUAUAGGCGCUAUAGCUGCUGCGUGGAGAGAGUGGUAAGGUUAAGUUUAAAAAAGGAUACGUACGCAUUACGCGUUUUUCACGGGAUAAGAAGAUUCACAGCGAUUUCUAGCAUACAGUUAUCGAAUUAAGAUGGCGAGCACAGGACGUUCCGCUUUCUCUCAGAAUGGUCAAUAUUAUGCGUUUUGCGGUAAUGACGGCAAGUUGAAGAUCUGGGAGACCGCGAGCGGCCGGUUGAAGCACGAGUACACUCCUAAUCGGCAUUUAUCGUCACCCUGCAGCGUCAUAGAAUGGAUCUCCGUGAGCCCGCAAUCGGCGGGCAACAUAUCGCCUUCACCGAGAAAAAAACGUAGAAGAAAGUCAAUUUCGGAAGAAAUCGAUCACAAAGCCAUGGUAGCAAUGGGUUCGAUGAAUGGGAAAAUCACUCUGUACGACGUAGCAGCUGCAUCUGUCAGUGCUACAUUGGAGAACGGUCAUUCUUCUACCGUUACAGCGAUCGCUUGGUCGGCAUGCGCCGGAUUAAUUACAGCUGCUAACGAUUAUCACAUAGUGGAAUGGAAUCUUCAAGAGAAUGGGAUAAAAUGUAAAUGGAAAUCUGGCAAGGCAAAGGUCACUGCCUUAGCAAUUCUGUCAAAUGGAAAAUCUUUGCUGUCUGCGGAAAAAAUAAUCAAGUGGUGGAAUUUAGCGACGAAGCAAUUGAUUCGCACAUUUACUGGACAUGCUAAUCAUGUCACUUUUCUUCAUACUAUACAAGUAGACAACUCAACUAGUUAUCUAAUCAGUGGUGCUAGUGCGGACAAUCAUCUUUCUGUAUGGGCAUUAGACAAAAAUAAAAAUGAUAAAGCAUCGAUAACAACGCUAGCCAUGCAAGACGAGGCUACAUCCGUCUCGAUACUUGUUGCGGAAGAAUUGCAGGUCGUCGUAUUGGUUACUACGCAAUCGGGUCAAGCACAAUUGUUCAAGUAUCAGCCAAAUGGUCAUACCAAACCAUUGAAACCAUCUCUUAACAUUGCGGUAGCGGCAGAUGUCAGUCAGAAGGAAACUGUUCAACAGAUUCCAAUUUUAGCAGGUCACUUAACUGAAGAUGAAAAACUAUUACUGGCAUACGGUAGUUAUUUGAACUUGACAUUCGAAAAAGUUAUUCCCGACUUUUCGGACAAGGUACAAUGUUUAAUCAGAUCAGAAAGAUUGGAUACAAAAAAAUCAAAAGAAAGGAAAGAAGAGACAAUUUCUAAAAUAAAACCUACCGCAAUAGAAGAAGAUGUUGAAUAUCUUGCACCAGGAAUAGGAGUUCCAACACAAAAAAGGAAUAGGACUAUUUCAGGUUCUCAGUUACUCUUAAAAGAUAGAUUGGAAAAUCUUAGUUUAAAUGCAGACGCGAAUACACCAGGCAGGAUACCAAUGAAAGGAGCGAAUAUGGCGCAAUUACUGAUGCAAGCAUUAAAUAGCAAAGAUAAAACCAUUUUGACGACAGUGUUGUUCACAAAAAAUGAGACUGUAAUUCGUAAUACUAUCGCAAAAUUGCCAGUGCAAGCAAUUACGCCAUUGCUUAAAGAAUUAAUUGUUAUGCUGCAAGGCAAAACAUAUGCGAGUAAAAUUGCAGUAAUGUGGUUGCAAACUUUGAUAAUGACUCAUGCAGCGCACUUGAUGUCGCGACCAGAUAUCGCGGAGAUACUCAGCCCUAUUCUAAGUUUUAUCGACGCGAAAUUAGCGCUUCUAACGGCUGUACAAAGACUAAAAGGCAGAGUUUCUCUUAUAACAGGACAAAUAGCUCAGGCUAAUGAGGAACACAACAAGGAUAUAACUGAAGAGAGUUUGCUUGUUUAUCAAGAUCCAGAUUCGUCGGAUGAAGGUGCCGAUAAAGACGAUGUUGACUUAAGCAGCGAAUCCGAUGACAAUUGGGAAGAGAUGUCUGAUCAAGAUGUGCGAGAUGAGCAAGAUGAAGAGGACAACAGAAGCAUCAAAUAUGAAGAUGAUUAUGUGGGCGAUAAUGAUUCUAUACAUAGCUGAAAUCAGUAAAGUUGGUUGGUAAUAGAAUGACUUGUCUAUAACUAUUAAUUUUAUUAAAAUAGAUUACAUAAAAAAGAGAUAAUUAUAGUAUAAAAAAUAUUAAUUAAAUAUAAUAGAAGAUGUUCUAUGUCUAAGUGGAGCAAGUAUUUGGGCAAAAUUUGUUAAGUUGAAAUAAGACCUUCGGGGACUUAAAAUUUUCGUUUUUAUAUGUAGUUGAAGAAAAAACAUGGUCUUACGACAAGUUCAAGAUGGUCGGUUCAAUAUGACGACUUGGAGUACUUGAAAAACUUACUCAAAACAUUUAAUUCAUGGAUCAGGUGGUCCGAAAUUUGAUUUCCAUGAAAAUCUGAAAAUCUGAACGAAUUUUGUUAAUGGCACACCAACUGCCGUCAUUUUGAAUUCCGAAAAUCUGACUGACGGAUUGUUUAUGAGUGACUCGAAAAACGGCUGUUGAAUUUUUCAAGAGUAUGUUUUUUAAAUUACAUAGGAAAACAAAAAUUUCAAGCCUUUGGACAUCUUUCGACUUAAUUAAUCUUGUCCAGACAUUUGACGUGGAACGUUCUAUAAUUACUUUUAUUUUCUAUAUAAAAUUUUGAUUAUUACUACAAUGAAGUUAUUCUAUUACCACGAAGUCAUUCUUGCUGAAAGACGGAAAGAAAUGAUGUAACGAAGGUGGUGCUGUAAAAAAUAAUACCCUUUGCUUCUUGAGACAUUUAUUUUUACUAUUAUGUGAAGAUUUGGAAGAAAAAAAACCAAAUAUAUAGCAUAAUUUAGUAAAGUAAUCAUGAAAGCUAA